AUGUGUCCUGCUGUUGAUCCUCGAUUCAGAUCUUCCAUUGGAGGUGUCAGCUACAAUCAACCCCCUGUUGACACAGCUGCCAAUUGCUCUCCAGUGACUGGCAGUGGUCCGUGCCAAUGCAUGAAGCGCGCUCUCAGACGCUUAGGGAAAGAAGAUUUGGUGACCCACAUUCCAAGUUCGGAUCUAGCAAGCCUUUUUGCAUUAGGCGUCGAAAAUUUGGAGGUCCCGCCGCGGUCUACUCGCCACAGGAAGUCGUCAUCUUCAUCGAUUGAUGACACGCUCUAUGCUCUCCGAUCUGUUCGUCGACUUUUAGACACGUCCGAGACAGUGUGUCUUGUUCCUGGCAAGACCAUUCCUGCUCAGCACGCAGCCAACAACCCCACAGCAUCUCCAACCAAGACAUCUUCAAGGAAAUCAUCUGUCCGUAGACUGCAGCGCUCACUGUCUUCUACAGUGGAUAGCGCUGCAGAAACAGCCAUAUUUCAAGCAUUUCUUUUCGCAUUAUCCAAUCGCGAUUCCGACAAUAUUGGAAACCUAGAGCCUCACUUACAGACUACGGUCAACGAUACACCCAGAAAGUAUCCCUUACCAUUGGAAAACAUUUCCAUGAACGUCAGCUGCGACGAGCGCCAUGUCACGACAUGGGAUGAGCCUGACCACGCGUUCCACAUCUUCCCGGCGCAACUCCUGAUUGCAUGUACUUCCACGCAUGAUUUUGACCCCCUACUUGUUCCGGCCGUCACUCUCAUUCAUCUCAAGUGCAGUACAGUGGCGAAGAAUGGUCCCUACAAGUCCCAUAGCCAAAUCUCGUUCAAGACAUUUUAUGAUGGCGCUACGAUACGCUACGUAAAUGAUAAGCCCACACCCGAUUUGUCUCGAGGAAUUCAUAUUGGGGAGGUCCCAUGGUGUUCUACCAAGGACGGGGAUGGUAAUGUCGGGUGGUGUAUGCGCUUUUGGAUUCCAAUCCCAUUCGCACUUUUCCAGCGAACGGAGACCAGGACUUUCAAGAUAAAUGCCAAGGUACAGGUGGAUGGAGGUGAAGGUAAAGAAGGGUAUCUAAGCGCUUCAAGUGAUUUCACGUUGUCCAGGUUGCUGAAAGAUUUGGCUAUGUAG